GUUUAACUAUUUAAGGUGAGAACUCGAAUGCACAACAUAAAUUCGCAAUUAAUAGUAUAGAUAUAGGAGGUAUGAUUUUUUGCUUUUCUGCCUGUAUAUAUAUUUUUAACAUCUCUUCUGCCUGUAUAAAUUACGAAACGUAAUAGUAAGGAAUUUAUUUUUUAAUUUACAGUAUGCUGUACACACACAAUAUAAUCAAUAGGACCCACGUCUCAAUGAUUCGUUCUUAUUCUAACUCUCCAACUUUGUAUAAAACCCUCCCCACUCCCUCUUCUUACUUCAAACUCAUCCAUCUUCAUCUCUCACUCUUAUAUACCAAACUAAGACCAUGAUUCCGGCGGAAAUCACCGGUUACUUCCAAUACCUAUCGCAGGAAAACCUAACUAUGAUCCCGGCGGAGUUCAACGUAAUAAACAUGCCCUCAUCUCCAACCUCUUCCUCUUCGCUGAACUACCUAAACGAUCUCAUCAACAACAACAACUAUUCCUCAUCAUCCAACGGUCAAGAUCUCAUGUUGAGCAACAACUCAACUUCCGACGAAGAUCAUCAUUAUAAUCAUCGUCAGAGCAUCAUCAUACUCGACGAGAGGAAGCAGAGGAGGAUGCUUUCAAACAGAGAAUCCGCGAGGAGGUCGAGGAUGAGGAAACAAAGACAUCUCGAUGAACUCUGGUCUCAGGUGAUAAGGCUUCGCAACGAGAACAACUGUCUUAUCGAUAAGCUGAACAGCGUAUUGGAGACUCAGGAUAACGUAUUGAAGGAGAACUCUAAACUCAAAGAAGAAGCUUCUGAUCUCCGACGGCUUGUCUGUGACCUAAAAUCUAACAAAUACAACAGUUUUUAAGAGAGUUCGAAGAAGUUUAGUGUUUCUUCAAGUUGAAUCGGAGGGGCAGAGAUUUUGAGUUAUAGUUGGUUCUCGAAUAUAAAGUUGGUAAACAAUAUGUACCAUAUUGUAUUAUACUCUGAAGUUAAAUAAUGUAAUACAGUUCUGGAGCAUAUUCAUGUUCUCUACUUUUUUGGAUA